AUGAGCAGAUCACGUUCAAGAGUCGAGGAGCAUUUCGUUGGCGCUGUAUCGCCGGAGCAUGCACAGUCGUCGGAGACAGGGAGACGGGUGGGCGACUUUGUGCGUGCUGCGGGAGGGCACAGUGUGAUCACGAAGGUGCUUAUAUGCAACAAUGGGAUUGCGGCCGUGAAAGAGAUCCGCUCUGUGCGGAAAUGGGCGUAUGAUAUGUUUGGUGAUGAGCGGGCGAUCCAGUUUACAGUGAUGGCGACGCCCGAUGACUUGCGGAUCAAUGCUGACUACAUCCGCAUGGCCGACAAGUAUGUCGAGGUCCCUGGUGGACCGAAUGCGAAUAACUAUGCAAAUGUCGAGUUGAUUGUGGAUAUAGCGGAACGAGCAGGCGUGCAUGCCGUGUGGGCAGGCUGGGGGCAUGCGUCGGAGAAUCCGCGGCUGCCCGAGAUGCUAGCGCGUCUGGAGCCACGGAUCCUGUUCCUGGGGCCGCCGGGCACGGCGAUGCGUGCGCUGGGCGACAAGAUUUCGUCGACGAUUGUGGCGCAGCACGCAGACGUGCCAUGCCUGCCAUGGUCUGGCACAGGCAUCACGGAGACGAUACAAAGCACGGAGGGAUAUGUGAGCGUGCCGGACGAUGCGUACGAGCGAGCGUGUGUGCACUCGGCAGAAGAGGGGCUGGCGAUUGCGCAGCGCAUAGGCUUUCCCGUGAUGAUCAAGGCAUCGGAAGGAGGCGGUGGCAAGGGCAUCCGGAAAUGCGUGUCGCCGGACAUGUUCGUGCAGCUGUACCAAGCGGCUGUGGGCGAGGUGCCGGGGUCGCCGGUGUUUGUGAUGAAGCUCGCGAGCGCAGCGCGGCACCUGGAGGUGCAGGUGCUGGCGGACCAGUACGGCCAGGCGAUCAGUUUGUUCGGGCGCGACUGCUCGGUGCAGCGGCGGCACCAAAAGAUCAUUGAGGAGGCGCCCGUGAGCAUAGCGCCGGCAGAGACGCGCCUGCGUAUGGAGCAAGCGGCUGUGCGGCUCGCGAAGCUCGUUGGCUAUGUGUCGGCCGGGACGGUCGAGUGGCUGUACUCGCCAGAGACGGAUACGUUUGCGUUCCUGGAGCUGAACCCGCGGCUGCAGGUCGAGCACCCGACGACAGAGAUGGUGACGGGCGUCAACAUACCGGCGGCGCAGCUGCAGAUUGCGAUGGGGAUUCCGCUGCAGCACAUAGACGACGUGCGCGAGCUGUACGGGCUGGGGCGCGUGGACGAGCGGGGUCAACGCUGUGGCGCGCCGUCGGCACGAACGAGCAUAGACUUUGACGCGCGGCACCAGAGCGUCGACACGAGUCCGAAGCCGCGUGGGCACGUUAUCGCGUGUCGGAUCACGGCAGAGAACCCGGACACGGGCUUCAAGCCGGGGAUCGGCUCGUUGAGCGAGCUGAAUUUCCGAUCGUCGCCGUCGACGUGGGGGUACUUUAGUGUGAGCACGAGUGGCGCGCUGCACGAGUAUGCGGACUCGCAGUUUGGGCAUGUGUUUUCGUAUGGCGCAGACCGCGAGGAGGCGCGGAAGAACAUGGUGUUUGCGCUGAAGGAGCUGUCGAUCCGCAGCGACUUUCACACGACGACCGAGUACCUCGUGAUGCUGCUGGAGCAGGAUGUGUUUGUGCAGAACCAAGUGACGACCGCGUGGCUCGAUGGCCUCAUAGAGAACAGCGUGACGGCGCGCCGGCCGCCGACGGAGCUCGCCGUGCUGUGCGGUGCUGCCGUCAAGGCGCAUGCGCUCGCGAAGGAGUCGCGUGACGAAUUCAAGCGUAUCCUGCACCGUGGACAGGUGCCGCCGCGGAACACGGUGCGGACCAAGUUUUCCGUCGAGUUUAUCUACGGCAAUGUCAAGUACCAGUUUGUUGCGAAGCAGAGCGCGCCGACAAGCUGGACGCUGCACCUGCAGCAGCAGCAGCAGCAGGUGCACGUGUCGCUGCGGGACCUAAGUGACGGUGGCCUGCUCAUUGGACUCUCAGGCGCAUCCCACACCGUGUACUGGUUCGACGAGGUCGGGCAAACGCGGCUCGUGAUCGACGGGCAGACGUGCCGCAUGGAGGAGGAGCGCGAUCCGACGCAGAUCUGCUCGCCUUCGCCCGGGAAGCUC